AUGUCGUCCAACCAUCAGAACGGCGCCGUUUUAGGCACAGAAUUCACCCAGAAUGUGAUUGACGCCAUGGGGCCCAAGACCAGCCCCCGGCUGCGGGAGGUCAUGGCCGCCCUGAUCAGGCACAUCCACGACUUUGCGCGAGAGGUGCAGCUCACCACGGACGAGUGGAUGGCCGGCGUCGACAUGAUCAACGAGGCAGGGCGGAUGAGCAACGACAAGCGCAACGAGGGACAGCUGCUCUGCGACGUCAUCGGCCUAGAAUCCCUCGUCGACGACAUCACCUUCACCGCCGCCACCAACAGCACGAGCGGCCUCACGGCAUCCGCGGUCCUCGGCCCGUUCUGGAGGCAGGACACGCCGCGCAGGGAGAACGGCGCCACCAUCAGCUUCGACACCCCGCCCGACGGACAGGUCGUCUACAUGCACGGCAAGGUGACCGACGUUGCGACCGGAAAGCCGCUGCAGAAUGCGUCAGUCGACGUCUGGCAGGCGUCCACCAACGGCCUUUACGAGCAGCAAGAUGCCGGCCAGAGGGAGCACAAUCUCCGCGGCGUCUUCCACACCGACGCCGAGGGCAACUACUCAUUCUACUGCCUCCGGCCGACGCCCUACCCGGUUCCCAUGGACGGCCCGGCGGGAAAACUGCUCGCCAUGAUGGAUCGUCAGGUCUUCCGCCCCGCGCACAUUCACCUCAUGGUCUUGUCAUCUAAUGAGAAGGAGCAGGUCCAACACGACGGCUACAAGUCUUUGACUACCCAGAUCUUCGACAAGGAGUGCAAAUACCUUGGCAACGACUCCGUGUUUGCCGUCAAGGACGAGCUGACCGUGGAGUUUGUGCCGAGAAAGGGCGACGCGAAAGCUCCCCUCGAGCUGGAGUACAAUAUCACCCUGGCAGAGACGUCGUGA